UAUUUAGGAUUUCAAACCAACAAACGCAACUAAUAAAAGUUUUUAGUGUAGUAGUUAGAAAAUCUAUAUUUGUGAGCGUUGUUUUUGUUUUUUCAAGAUAGUUUCUUAAACAUAAUUUUUGUUUCUAACAAAUACCGAUAUUUAUGAUUAGAUUUUAGUGAUUUUAUUUUACUUAAUGGCAGCAUUAAGCGUAUUGUUUGCGAACUUGCUGAUUGUACUAUAAGAGGCAAGGAAUUGAUAACAACCGGCAUUAAUUAAGUGAAAAUAAUAUUUAUAUAUAACAAUGUCACAAAGCAGUUUUCUGAAGCCCUUUCGAUUGUGGCCAUGCCAAAUUCAACGAUUCGUCAGCAAACAAUUGUGGGAAAAGCCCUUAAGCGGCAAGGAUACUGGCAUACAAAUAUAUAAUUGUAUAACUCGUGAAAAAGUUCCUUUGAUACUACCCAACGACACAUAUGCGACCUGGUAUACAUGUGGUCCUACAGUUUACGACUCUACACAUAUUGGUCAUAUUAGUUGCUACGUCAAACUAGACAUCAUACAACGUAUACUGCGUCAGCAUUUUAAUGUGAAUUUGAUAACAGCUAUGAAUAUAACUGAUAUUGAUGAUAAAAUAAUACUGAAAAGCAAAGAAAGUGGUAGAGAUUGGCGUGAGUUGUCACGAUUUUACGAAAGUGAGUUCUGGUCUGAUUUGGGGCAACUUAACAUACAAGAGCCAAAUAUAAAGCUACGUGUAACUGAGCAUAUACCACGAAUAGUCGAAUUCAUAAAACGUAUCAUAGACAGCGGUAGCGCUUACAAAGGUAAUGAUGGUAGCGUUUAUUUUGCAGUUAGUAAAUGUGAAAAUUAUGGCAAAUUACAAAAAGUGAGCAUAGAUGUGGAGCCAGAAAAGUUCUCAAAUGGUAAAAAUGCUGCACCUGAUUUUGCGUUAUGGAAAGCGCAAAAACUGGAAAAUGAACCAUCAUGGCCGUCACCUUGGGGCGCCGGACGUCCUGGUUGGCACAUCGAAUGCAGCACAUUAGCCAGCAUGAUUUUUGGUCAACAGUUGGACUUCCAUGCUGGCGGAUUGGAUUUACGAUUCCCACAUCACGAAAACGAGGAAGCACAAAGUUGUGCCUACCACAGCACACAUCAAUGGGUGAAUUAUUGGCUACACACCGGUCAGUUGCAUAUUAAAGGUCAGCCGGUAAAAAUGUCUAAAUCGCUGAAGAAUACCAUCUCCGUCGGUGCCAUGUUGGAACGUUAUACAGCCGACGAGUUUCGCAUGUCUUGUGCACUGUCUAACUAUCGCAACGCUGUAGACUAUAGUGAUGAGCUAAUGCAGACUUCAAGAAAUACACUGAAACGUUUUAGAACGUUUAAGGCAGAUUGCAAUGCGUAUUUAUGUGGUAAAAAGCGUGCUGCCCAUGUGAAUGCAAGUGAGGUGCUUAGUGGCUUACAGCAUGCACAAGAAGAUAUAGAUGCUUGUUAUAAGGAUGAUUUCGAUACAGCACGUAGUGUUGGUGUACUGCUGGAACAAGCAAACAUAGUGAGCCGGCAAAUUAAUGCGGGCGUUAGCGAAAUUGAACAUAAUUUGACAACAAGCAAUUGUAUGGAUGCUAUAGCAGCUGUUGAUAACUUUAUACAACAACACUUAAAUAUUCUAGGAUUUAGUUUUGUGGAAGCAUCAAAAACGCAGACGUUAAAUGCAAAUACAGAAUUCAAUUUGAAUGCUUUUGUAGAAGAUUUGUUACAAUCAAGGCAUUUAAUACGCGAACGUGCAGUAGCGGGGAAAAACAAAGAACUGUUUGGAAUUUGUGACGAGUUGCGUAAUUGCUUGCAACACCAUGGAAUUACUAUACAAGAUCAUAGUCAGGGCACUUCAUGGCAUUUUACUGACAGUAAGAAAUAAAGUUGUUUAUUAAAAAAGAAAAUAUGUAUGUAUUUUUUAGGAUCGUUGUAGCGGCGUAGCAUAUUUCACAAAAUGUUUUGAAAAUGAAUAUAAUAAUGCGUUUCAUGAAAGUAUGGUAUAUAAUAUAAUAUAAAGGAAACGGAUUUAAAAUAAUUGUUAAUUAAUUUUGUUUAUAGACGUUGAUUGCUUCGUCAGCUGUUUGGCAGUAACUUACGCUCACAGAUGGCGCUGUCAAAACAAACUGACAACCUUUUAUUUUAACAGCGAACUCUGAAUUUGCCUUUGUUUAUUUACCUAAAAGUUUGUUGUAAGUACGCAUUGACAACAUCUGUUAUUUCAAUCUGCAGUAAAUAAAAUAAAAAUUCAACAAACCACUUAAAAA